AUGAUCAAGCUUCCAUCUAACUUUGACAAUCUUUCAAUCAAAGAAUUGUACCAGAAAUAUGGAGAGCCCGAGACUGUUCCCAUCACGCGCUGCGAUGGAAAGCCCCUUACACCUAAUAUCCACACUCAAACGGUGAUACCUCUAUUCCUAGGAAAAUAUGCUGAAACGAUGACGCUAGCCGACGUACGUCCACUUCUAAGCGACUUUGGAGAGGCCUUUGCCCCGACCUCAGAAGUCCGACUUGGGCAAGACUGCCACACGCCCCCGGCUUUCCGAGCCCCAGAAGCCAGAUUCGAGCCGCAAAAACCGCUCACAUAUUCUUCGGACAUAUGGAGCCUAGCUACAGCGAUAUGGGAGAUUAUGGGAAUGAAAGCUAUCUUCAGUAUUGAGAUAGUUCCUGACGAUGAAAUCGUGGCACAAAAUAUCGAUGUACUGGGACCACUGCCAAGAGAGUGGUGGCUGUGUUGGGAGGGGAGAAGCAAGUUUUUUACGGAGGAUGGGCAUCCAACAGACGCAUAUCUGGAGAAUAAAUGGCCUCCCCUCGAAGAGUCGUUCGACGUAGACAUACAGAAGUGGAGGAGAAAGUGGAGGGGUGUGGUCGAAGAGGAUGAGAGAGCCGCCUUUUUGGAUCUGAUCCGCAGGAUGUUGCUGUUCCGACCGGAAGCGCGACCGACAGCGGAAAAUGUGCUCCAGUCGGAGUGGAUGGUCAAGUGGGCUUUGCCGGAUUAUGAGCGAAGCUCAAAUAUAUCUGGUUGA